AUGGAUGUUACGAAGGUGCAGCGUCCCGACGGGCUGCAUGUGAAGGCGCUGCACUGUGAUCCGUCCGGAGUAUGGGCGCAGGGCUGCGCGGAGAGCCGGCAGGCGCUGGUGGGCCGGGGCCUCCCGCUCGCCUCCCUCCCGCCCAGCCGGCGACGCCCCCCCCGCCCCGGGGGCACCCUCAGCUCCCGCCAGCGACGCUUACAGGAUUUCUUCCGGGAGCUUCUUGCAGGGGCCGAGCGCGCUCUUCAGGCUGGGUUCACCCGUUCCUAUGGGCGGCUGUAUGCCCAGCAUGCUGGUCUCUUCCAGGAACUCUUUGUGGAGCUGCAGCGUCACCUUCAAGGGUCCCGGCCUGGUCUGCAUGAGGCCCUGAGAGACUUCUGGGCUCGCCUCCUGGAGUGGAUGGUGCCUCUGCUCAACCCGCAGUGCAUCUUCCCAGAGGGCUACCUGGAGUGUGUGGGACGCCAGACAGAUGGCCUGCAGGCCUCUGGGGACAGUCCCCGCCAGCUCCGGGUGCAGGUGACCCGGGCCUUCGUUGCUGCUCGGGGCUUUGUUCAGGGCCUGGCAAGUGGGAAAGAACCGGUGGCGCGGGCCGCACAGGGGAGGCUGCCCCCGAGUGGGGCGUGUCGGUGGGCACACAUGCGCCUCUCCAACCGCCAGCUGUGCCGGGGGACCCCGGCUCUCAAGCCAUGCGGCGGGUUCCGCUUCACUGUCACGAAAGGCUGCCUGGCAAGCACCACUGAAAUGGGCCCUGCGUGGGAGCGCCACCUGGAUGCACUGACCCAGUUGGUCAACCGCCUCUGGGUGCCCUUUAACUUUGAGCUGGCAGCUGACUCAAUUGGAGUGAAAAUUUCCAAGGCAAUCAUGCACCUGCAUCAGCCAGGCGUUUUGCCCUCACCUCAGCUAUUCCAGAGCUGUGGCAGUCCCCGGCCAGCUCCUGCCCGCUCCCGCCGGUUCGCCCGAGAAGGGACCAGGUGCCGUUUCCGAACCUACUCCCCCGAAGAGAAACCAGCCACCGCAGCAGGAACCAACCUGGACCGGCUGCCAGAAACUUUGCACUGGAAAUGAUCUCUCAGUGAUGGUCCUUGAGAUGGCAAACAGAAGAUUUUGCCGGUGUGGAUCUCGUAGGCACACUGGCCAAAGGAAGAUCUGUUCCAUAUGAAGGCGAAAAGUGCCAUAAGGAGGGCAUGCUAAGUAAGCUUUCCAACGUGGACUCUGAUCAAAACAAGAGCGGCUAUUCAGAACUGGCCAUUCCAACUCUUUUUCCAGAUAAUGACAUGUGCGGGUUUGCAACCCUCUAUUUAUUUUGCCCCUUCCCGGAGUGCCUCCCAAACAUAACGGAGACAGCCACAAAAGUGCAAGCCGCAAGGAUGGCUCAGCUCAUUCACUCUCCAAUACAGAAAAAAUUCCUCAUA